AUGCGACAGGAGAUAGGGGAGGGCCUGGUUGACACCCCACUAGUAGAGACCGCGAGCCAGCUCGUGCAGGGAGGUGGCGUGGCCGGGGAUGUCUUCGUCCGGAGUCUCCUGGCCCUAUGGCGGAUAGCUGUCGUCGCCGACUUUAGUAGCGUAGCCAUUACUGCCCCUGUUAGCGACGAUGUGGCUUCGGCAGAGAUCUGGUGUUUUGUGUUUUGCGGACUGCGUCUUAUUUACUAUGGGGUUGUGGGCCUGAUUAACGACGGCUACGACAAGAAGUUCAAGGUAUACGCGAAAGUGGUCGCGGGCGGUGCUGAUUUGCAGGUGCACGACUUUAUGCAGCAGAUUGGCGACAAAGAUUCGCUGGACAAGAGUGACGGCUACAAUACAAUGGCCAACCUAGCGCUCAACAUGAGCUUUGCCAGCGAGUCGGAGCCGUGUCCGGGUGACUUCUCCGAGCGCGGCUACGGGCCCGACUGCCUGUACGAGCAGACAGUCUACUGGACGCUGCGCGAUGACCAGGCGGACGUCUUCUAUGCCAACUUGGAGAGCGCCACCGGCAUCCCCAAGGACAAGAUCGGCUUCGGCUACUACACCGACAUCGACAACUGUAGCGGCAGCGGCAGCAAAGUCGGCGACGGCGAUAACUGCUGGAACAUCGAUUAUGAGCUCGGCGCGCCCUUCCCCAACGGCUACGGCACCGACGACGUGGCUAACCCUAAGGAUGUGGCCAAGAUCUAG